AAUACACCAACAAUUCCAAAGAAGAAGAAGGAGCUCCACCCCCUUUGUUAUUCAACAUGGCGGUGUCCCGAUUACCACCAGCGGCUCUGAGUCUCAAACAGUUUUUGCAGAGACAGAAGGUUCUGGGGGUUUACAGAGACCUGCUCCGAUCCAUCCGCAAAAUACCGAUCGAGUCUGAUCGCAGAUACUUGAGAGACUGGGCCAGAGAAGAGUUCAAGCGGAACAAGAGUGAAACAGACCAGGAUGUGAUUCGCAUGAUGAUCACUCAAGCGCACAAUCAUCUGGAGGAUUUGAGAAGAUCUCUCGCGUUGGCUGGAUGCUAGAACGUCGACGUGUUCACCAUUUAUUAAAAGGAUAGUUCAGCCAGAAAUUACAAUUGUCAUCAGUCACCCUAAUGUCGUUUCAGACACACAAAACUUUCAUUCAUCUGACUUUUCAUUCAUCGAA